AUGCUCUACAAAGAUUACCGUCAAAAUAGCUGUUACAGAAUUAUGUUUGGAGUCUGUAUAGCAGAUAUUUUUCAAUUAUUAGCAAAUGGACUUUUUAUUUUGCUUGGACUCCUUAAUUUUGAUUUUUCUGAAGAGUUUGAAAAGUGGGGAGGUGGUAUAAACGCUGCAAGUUGGAAUAUUCUGUUCUUUUUACAAUUAUUAUUGGCAUUGAAUCGUUGCAGUGUUGUACUUAAAAACUGCUUUCUGAUUUCAAUAAAAGAACAAGAAUUGCCAUGGGAGCGUCGAUUAUUUAAUUUUUUGCUACUUCUCAGCUUUAUUAUCUGUGUUGGAAUUGUUUGGGUAUUUGUCAGUCCAUAUUGCGGUAUUCAUUUUACACGGAAAUUUUAUUGGAGUUAUGCUAAUCAGUAUCCUUGGACUGAAACUGUGAGGGAUAUUGAAUACAAAUCUACUGGGUUUUUGCCGUUAAUUACUUUUAUUGCUUAUAUAUCUAUUGUUUGUAUACUUAAAUGGAGACGUGGGAAUCAAAAUACUGGUGAAAUCCUAAGCCGCCAAGAACGACGUAUUUUGCUUCAGACAAGUUCACAAUUUUUGCCAUUAAGUCUUUUAAUGAUUUGCGGUUAUUUACUACCCAAUAAUGCUUCUUUAGACUUGAUUGCUUUUCUUAAUAUUGGAUCGGUAAUAAAAAAUUUUUGUUAA